AUGCGCACCCUCAAGUUCCACGAGCAAAAACUUCUCAAGAAAGUCGAUUUUCUCAACUGGAAGCAAGAUGCCAAUCUACGCGAGAUCAAGGUCAUGCGCCGCUACCAUAUCCAGCACCGCGACGACUACCACAAGUACAACAAGCUCUGCGGCUCUCUCAGGUCGUUUGCCCACCGAAUAUCCCUUCUGCCCGCCCAAGACCCCUUCCGAAGCCGCAUGGAGGCACAGCUCCUCUCCAAACUCUACGACAUGGGCGUCCUAAACUCAUCCGCGAAGCUCUCCGACAUCGAAAACAAGCUCACCGUCGCGGCAUUUUGCCGACGUCGUCUCGCAGUCUUCAUGUGCAUGUCCAAAAUGGCAGAAACCGUCAGCGCAGCCGUAAAAUUCAUCGAGCAAGGCCAUGUCCGCGUUGGCCCUGACGCCAUCACAGACCCCGCCUUCCUCGUCACCAGACACAUGGAAGAUUUUGUCACAUGGGUCGACACCUCCAAGCUCAAACGCACCAUUAUGCAAUACAACGACGAGCUCGACGAUUUCGAUCUUCUCUGA